AUGGAUCGCAAAGCAAACCGUAAUAGAAAAAUAAAAGCCAAGACAAAGUCACCUGAAUUUAGGAUAGUCUUAAAGAAAGCUCAAAGGAAAUAGAUCACUUAUAAAUACCACAAGAAGCACGACUUUAUGGAAGAGGAAAAAGAAAGGUCAAGACCUUAUUUAAAGAGGCUAAGCUAAGACAGAAGAAGAAUACUCAUAGACUGCCUGUAAAGAUAAUUAAACCAGCAUUAAUUAAGAAAAAGAAGAAAUGCAAGAAAAAGAAUUUUGACACUAGGUCCAGGAAAAACUCCUUCCUCAGCAGAAUGGAGUACUCUAGUACAAAGAGCAAUCGGAGCCAAAGGUCUAUAAAACUAGAAGAAAUUGAUGACGAGAGCCCCAAGAAACAUAGUAUAAUUAUUGAAGAAGAGAAGGAGAUAGAUGAUAGUACCAAGUAUUCAACCGCUAAGAAGAACAACUUUGUGUUACCGUCUAUUCUUACUAAAUAACCCUAAGACUAAAAAUGGGACAAAAAGGAUCACUUUUCAUGACCAAAGCCAACCUACGUACACUUAUAGCCUCAAAUUUGAAAGAAGCAAACUUGGAAUCAUGAGUACCAGGGUGAUUAAGGAGAAGGUCAACUUGAUACGACAGAAGUGAGAGUCUAUAGCAGGUGACUUGAGUGAAAAGGGAGACCUGGAAAUUACCAGCACGACAGAUACUCCUCAUAAGCAGACUCAGUUUAUCCAAAAGAUGGCUAAAAGUCCUCAGGUUAACCGAAAUCAUCAGCUAUCGACUGCUCAAAAACUCUUGCAGACUUUGAAAAAUUCACCUAGCAAGACUCUUAAGAGGAAGAAAUGCAGGCGUUCAUUGAAUAUUAGGCCUCUUAAGAAAUAA